AUGCGGGGUCAUCAUCAAGUUCCAGUGGGCUACAAGAAGUUGAGCUGCGGUGGAGGGUGUCCUCGUCCAGGUACGCUUUCCAUUUCAUUACUCGGGGGUGAACGUUGGGCAGGGUCAGCCUACCUGAACUCACCCCCACCAAAAUCAAUUCCAAUGCCCCAUUUCUUAUCAACAUCCCCAUCCCCAUCCCCGUCCCCAGCUGGGGAGAGCCCACCUCCCACACCAAACCACUCUGUUGAGUCUGUGACAAUGGAGCUGCGUCGCAUACUCAACAUUGAGGUUGGUAAGUAG